CCGCCCCCGCCCCCAAACGCCCCUGCGGCCAAUGGGAAGCUGCAGGGGCGGAGCCUGGAGACAGCAGCGUGAGGAGACCCGCUGCUGCCGGAGGGGGGUGCCCCAGGGAGCCGUGUGACUCGCUCCGUCCUAAGAUCAGGAGACUGGCGCUGCCCUUGGAGAAGAUGUGCCAGACAAAGCUGGGGUUCCUCGCUGUGCUGCUGGGUCUCUGCACCUGGCUCGAGCCUGGCAAAGGCUCCCUCCCGUUUCACAUGAACUCCGUGAUCCAAGUCGUAGAAGUGCUGGAAUCUUACCACCUGGACGGACGCCUCAACCUGACCGUGACGGAGCUCGCCCGGGGCCUGGGAUGCUGUGACAGCGAGUUCUACCAGCUCCUGCUGGGGGCGGCGCCCGUCGUGCCCCCAGACCUGCCCUUCCUGAGCCAGGAGCAGAGAUCCUUCCUCAUGCGUCUCUUGAAGCACAAAGUCCAGGCCCCCUCUACUGAGCAGGGGGUGGUGCUGCUCCCUGAUGGCACCACAGUGGCUGUAAGCCCCUUGGUGGCUGGGAUUGAAGCAGGGCUGAAGGGGAGGCGGGAGAUGCCGCUGCCCCGCGAGGCUUUGGAGCCUUCGCUAGUUACGACUGAGCCCUCGAACCAGACACAUCUGGGCCCGCCCCUGACUAUAGAUGCCCUCUACGCAGUGACCAUUGCCAAGGCCCUGGGCAUGGCCUUUCUCCUGGCCCAGGCCAACAAGAGCCAGGUGCCCAUGGGGCCGAAUGGCUGCUGGGACAGCGUGUCCGAGCCCCAAAACUUCACCCUCCUGGGCCGCCCCUCACACCUCACUGAUGCCUUCGUCAAUGGGGCGCUGGACGGGGCGAUACUGGGGGCACACCUGGCAGGGCAAGGCAUGUCCGCGGCCCCGCUGAGCACCCUGCUGAGAGAGUACUACACUGGGGAUGGCCUGGCCGGGGAUGGCCAGGCCAGGAGCAACUUCAGGCGCCAGAAUUUUGUGCAGCUCACCGAGGCCAGGCAGCUAGAGAAGCAGGUGAUGCGCUCCCUCCAGCUGCUCCGGGUGCUGCCCCAGACGGUGCCACUGCUUAGCGGGGUUGGGGAUGAGGAGCUGCAGGCCACUGCGAGCCGGGCGGUGCAGGAGUUCACGGAGGCCUACCUGGAAUGCCCGGCCAUCAUCCCCCGCUGCAUGUGGGGGGCCAGGCCCUACAAGGGGACCCCCACGCAGCUCAAGCUGCCCCUGAGCUUCGUGUAUAUCCACCACACCAGCUCACCCAGCCAGCCCUGCCGGACCUUCCCUGAAUGCGCCGCUGACAUGAGGGCCAUGCAGCACUUCCACCAGGUCGACCGUGGCUGGGACGACAUCGGCUACAGCUUCGUGGUUGGAUCAGAUGGGUACAUGUACCAGGGCCGGGGUUGGCACUGGGUUGGCGCUCACACCCGUGGCUACAACAGUAAAGGCUACGGCGUGGGUUUCAUCGGGGACUACAUGGACACGCUGCCGGAAGCAUUUGCCCUCACGCUGGUGCGUGACAACUUCCUGCUGUGCGCAGUGAAGGGCGCCAAGAUCAGGGCCAACUACACAGUGCAUGGGCACCGGCAGAUGGUGCACACCGAGUGCCCGGGGAACACACUCUUCCGGGAGAUCCAAACAUGGCAGGGCUUCAAGUGAGAACUCCCGACCCUGGGUCAUGAUCCAGGUAAUGACCCAGUUCAGGACACAUCCCACCAGGACCCAGGACCAGGCCCUCAGACUGCCCAGGGAGCAGGCUGCAGCGGCUUGUGCCCAGGAGGGUGGCUCAGCAGAGACCAUUCUGUCGGGGGGGCCUCGCUAGCCCCAGUAGUUACAAUGUGCUGCUCUGCUCCUGUACGGAAAAUCCUCCUCCAAUAAAGCUGGUCAUGGGAACGUGAUUCAGUGUCACUGCAGCCUGGCUCCCCUUUGAGCGUCCAAGCGCCAUCACCCGGCUGAGCAGAGCAAAGUGCUUCCCAAGGGCCCCCUCAUUACCCUCCCAUCCCCACUGUGACUGAGGUGCGGAAACUGAGGCACAGAGCAGGGGUGUGACUUGCCUAUGGUCACCCAGCAGGGCAGGGGUGGAUUAAAUAAAGAAUUGAAUCCAGGAGUCCUGGCUCAGACUCUUGUCCCCAGCCCUUCAUGAUUGCAAUCCCUCAGACAGGGGACUGGAUAGUCUCUGGGUCACUGGCUUGAAUGUGACCCCGGCUCAGCAGGCACCAGGAACCAUGACAAUCUGAUACGAAGUCACUGGCUGGGAUGACGUGUGCCAUCCCCUGUCAGGAUCGUUAAGUGCUCAUCUCCCCGACCGGCUUUUCCCCCUUAUGUGUAAAUGUAUUUCCAGUGUUUCUGGCACUGCGGUUCCCAGGACUGCAAGGUUGGGGAGGUGGCACGUCACAAAGAGAACAAGAAGGGGCCCUCCUCUGGCAAGGAGCAGUGGGCGUGCAACAUGGAUGCAUGUGCAUGUGUGCAGUGUGUGUGCCUGUGCACACAGGGUUUCAGUGUGUUGUGUGUGUGCGCACGUGUGUAAGUAUGUGUGCUUGUGUGACAUCUUGCUCAGGUCACCCAGAGUUGCAAGCCACUGUGAUAUCGCUCUGCCUCAGCAAGGGU